AUGGAUUCCGGAUCCCUGGCCCUUGGAGGUCUUUGCUUCCUGGGAGGUUGGGUGAUUAGAGGGAGUCUGAUACCAAAGGCGGAAUUGCCUGCCUGUAAUUGCCAUUGCGCUUGUGCUCAGACAGAUCAGCCAUCAAAGGGCGAAAGUGCCUACAACUACUUUAUUGGAUUCUGCUUUGUGGCCUGCCUUGCUGUGAUCUCCAACGCUGCUUUAGCUUUGAAAGUCACAGUGAAGGGGCAAUCGGGUGAGCAAGAAGUGGCCUUGCAGAUUAAGGGCAAAUCCAAGGGCGUGUACGGAGCUCGUCUCCGGGGAAAUAUCGUCUACCUGGACUAUGGAGAACGGCCCAUUUGUGUGCACACUCGUGUAGUUCUGGCGGUUGUAGACCACGCGACCUUUGAGUACACCAUCCUUACCCCGGACCACGACAUAUACACGGAGAUUCUGGACAUUUCAAAUCCUGACUUGACUAGGUUCUUUACUUCCGGACCCAAUGGGGGCAUCCCUAGAGGCGUCUCUGCUCGGAAUGUUUACGCUUUCGGCCCAAUGACAGCGAUUGAGCUGUCGAGAUUCAUGCAACUGGGACGAGAGGAGGCAGAGGCUGAGAUCAGUCGCAGAGGCGCCACCGCGGGGGCUGGAUUGGGUCCGCUUGCGCCGGCAUUGACCCCCUCUUCUGGCGAUCUACCUGGUGGAGACGGCCACUUGUGGGUGCUGGCGGAGUACGUGCCGGGCCAUAAGAUUGGAGAGGAGGUCGAGGUUUCCGCUGGGACCCCGAUCCUAGAUGGCAGAGCUUUAGUCCGGAUAAAAGAUUCCAGUGGAAAGAGUGUGGUGGCUCUGGCUGCAAGUGUUCUGCCGGAUGAUUUGGGCAACUUUUGUGACGAGCGGGUCAAGGCCUGUCGCUUGUCAGAGGCGAUGCAUGGAGAUGAGCGGCAUGCUGGAGAGGAUGUUCGUACCAUGUCAGUCGUCUACUUGGCUAACGGGGAUCGUGGAAGGAACAUCAAGGAGACGGUAAAAGAAUUCCGCGCGGUCGAGUUCGACGAUUUCCCGCUCGAGCCGAGGACCUGCCACGACUACCUGAAGGCUGUGACUGAGGUUGCUGAAUCUUGCUACGGGCAGCAUCUUGCCUGGGUGGCCCAAAGCAAGAUACCAGAAGGUGAUCGUGCCAUCUACGAAGACGAGGUACUCAGUCAUGCCUUGGACCUAGCCAUAAAAUAUGACUGCUUGAAUGUGGUGAACUUGGCGAGCUUCGAGGUGUUGGUGCAUCGCAAGCAGUUGCUUGCAGAGGCGCACGUUAUCCCCGGCGCGCCUUCUUAUGAGGCGGCGGACUUCUUUAUGGGAAGGCGGUUCCGGCCGGGAGGAGCGAUUGUGGUUCCCAGUCUUACCGAGCAUGUGGCUCGCCGCAUGCAUGAGGAGAGUCAGGUCCAGAAAGAAAAGCGCGAGAUGCUCGAGAACAAAGGCAAGGGCAAGAACAAAAAUCCGAACCCCCCGCCGAAUCCGAAGGAUGCGGGGGCGGAUGGACCUCCUUCGGGAAACUAUCUUGCUCGUGGCACUCGGCGGCGAAUUCAAAAGAGGAUGCACGUUGUUGAGGAGGUGAACAAGGCCAUCACUUCAUUAAAUUUGCUGUUUUCGGGCGGCUUCGAGACCGGGAACGAGUUUCAUGCCCUGGCCUUGGAGGAUAUGCCGCUCGCGCAGAGGGGGGCGGUCAAGCAGAUCAUUGCACGGGUUAAGCAAGCCGGUGCACCUCCCAAAGAUGCAAGUACCGCAGGAGCCCUUCAGGCGCUCCGCGUCGCCUACAGUCGUUAUGGGGGCGAUCAAGUAGGUGUUGGCGAUGUUGUCCCGAUGAAGUUGGACCAGCUCUCGAUUCCAGGCCACGGUUUGACUGGCGUUGAUAUUCAGAACCUUCUAGAUGGGAAGGCAGGAGAGUUCCUUCGCAGGCCGGAAGAUCACAUGCUCCAGGAUUUCAACAACUGGGGUUCUUUGAGCGAUGAGGUCGCUAGCAUAAGGACAUAUGAUGACCCCCAGCUUCGCAAUCGCAGCUUCUAUGCCCGGUUUCUGCAAAAACUCAGCGGGGCUGGGAUCCUAACUUUCUCAGCUCAGCCGAGGGGGAGGGUUGGCUCCUUUGUCGUACGAAAGAAGCCGAAAGAGAUCAAUGGGAAGCUUCGUGAAAGGCAGAGGUUGAUACUGGAUUGCCGGCGCGUUAACCUGCAAUUCCGGGCGCCUCCCUUGACUGAGCUGGGCUCCUUGACGGCUGUCGGGGACUUGGAGGUGCCGAAUGAAAAGAACUUAUAUGUGGCAGGCGGUGACAUAAUGGAUUGUUUUUACGCUUGCAGAUUGCCUCCGUGUCUCCGUGAUUUCUUUUGCCUCAGCUUUGACAUAUCGCUUCGAGAGGCCCUACAAGUAUGCCUUGAAAGUGUGCCUGAGGAAAUGCGGGGGUGGGACCCGGAAUGCAUCAUCUCUCCUGGCAUGGAUGUUCUCCCUAUGGGGUUUUCUUGGUCAUUCUACUUGGUGCAAUGCCUACACGUGCAAGCUUGUGUUAAGACUUUGGAUGGGGAAGCGGACAGUGUUAUUCUGGAUGCGAGGCCUCCUCCAGACCUGGUCCACAAAGGUGUUGCCGCCAUGCCUUAUUGCGACAACACCCAUGUAUUGAGCUUCGAUGCGGAGACAGCGCAAUCUGGCAAGGAACGGGCCACUCCGGAGAGGAUGUGGAGGCUGCGGCGGGCAUGUGAGUAUGUAGAAACACACCGUGUAUCCUCCGAUUUGGUGCAGCGAUUGCUUGGGCAUUGCAUGAGCAUCCUGGUAUUGAACCGUGGGGGCAUGGGAAUUUUCAGAAGUGCAUAUGAUUACGCCGGCAAGGGGUACAAGUCACAUUGGUUAUGGCCCAGUGCUAAGAAGGAGUUUCGUAUUUUCAGUGGGCUGCUCCCCAUCCUUGUUGCGGAUCUUCGGAGGUCGUGGAGCGAGAAGGUUACUGUUAGCGAUGCUUCUCCAGAGGGCUACGGUAUCUGUGAAGGAACGUUCUCUGUCGAAGAGGUGCGAAAAACUGGGAAGUGGCAAGAGCGGUGGCGAUACAAAAGGUCCCCCAUCGAGGAGUGGGCGCCGAGGCGCCGUGCCCUGGGCUUAGAUGUUCUUCGUGAUGUCGCUUCGGCACGCUGUGACCCACUGGCUUGCGAGGAGACGGACAUGUACACACGCAACGAAUCUUUUGAAGAAGUCUCCACCUCUUUCUUGAAUCCGCAAGAUUAUGAAGUUGUUUUGAAAGGGCGUUGGAAUCACACCCAAGAGCACAUCACUCUGAAAGAAGGGAGAUCUUUGGUUUUAGCUGUUCGCCGUAUUGCAAGAAAUGCCAACAACCAGGGAAGGAAACACCUCAUCCUGGUCGACAAUUUGGCCCUGGCGUUCUGCCUAGGGAAAAGUAGAGCCGCUAAUCACUCCAUGUUGCGGGUGGCGCAGAAGAUCGGAGCCAUCGCACUUGCAGCAAACCUCGGUCUGCGGGUGCGGUGGAUCCCUUCGGAACGGAAUGUCGCAGACGGGCCUUCGAGAGGUUCGAGUUCUCCGGGCUACUUCACUGAAGUCGGCGAGCAGCGCAGUCCAGGCGCGAAGGGGAACAGCAUCAAUGGGACAAAGGGUUUGGUGAAGAAGCGAAGUGUCUCGACACGCCGCAACGUGGUGGCCGACAUGCAUUUGGAGGUGGAGCCCCCAGGAAAGAGAGCGAGGAAAGGCGGGAUAACCGCCUUAGAGAUCAAGAGCAUCAGCGAGGAGCAGCAGGGGCAGUAUGAUUUCUACCGGCAGAGGUUCAAGGACUUCUGCAAGGAGAACAAGGUGCCCUGGCCAAUCAAGGCCAAGGCGGACGAGACGCUCGCCGACUACUUCGACGUCCUUUUUCUCGAGGGGAAGGGCGUAAACUACGGGGAGAAGACGUUAGCGGCCGUGGAGUUUUAUUCGUUGGGCCUGAAGGGCAAAAUGGUUCGGAGCCGGCGAGCUCUUCGAGGGUGGCGCAAGCUUGUGCCGCCGAGAAGCCGGCUGCCACUGCCCAAGAUGGUGACCUACGGAAUCGCCAUGAGGCUCCUUUUCAAAGGGGAACGGGAGGCUGCUUUGUUGGUCUUGAUGAGUUUCGACACCUACGUCAGGCCGGGCGAAGCUAUGGACCUCCUGAAGAAGAGCCUUGUGUUGCUGGUUGCUGGAGCAGGAAGUCAUUAUCGUCACUACACGUUGGUGAUCAGGGAGGAGGAAGAACGACGCCCGGACAAGACGGGGGUCUACAGCAGUUCUAUAAGAUUGGACAAUCCGAGCACGGAGAAGUGGCUUGGAGCAGCGCUGAAGAACGACGUGAAGAACAAGAAGAUGCAGGAGCCCAUGUUCAAUAUCAAUCCAGCUCGAUACCGAGAGGUGUUCAAAUCAGCGGGAGAAUGGCUCGGCUUGCAAGAUCUUUGCACAUACCAACUAAGGCAUGGAGGGGCCUCCGAAGACCUUGCAGGCAAGGUGAGAGACUAUCAAGGGGUCAAGGACCGCGGGAGAUGGAUGACGGACUCAUCGGAUGCCGGAGGUGAUUAUGGGGCGGGCUCAGCCCAUCAGUCAUUGAGCCCGCUUUGGCAAGAAUGGCGAGAAGCACCUGUUGGAAGCAUCCUCGAAAUCUUCGCGGGAGAGGGCCGUCUUACCAAGGCCUUUCGAUCACAAGGUGUAUCCUGCUACCCCAUUGACAUCACGCUUCAUCCUCGAGAUGAUGUUCUCAGUGACGGGGUGGAGGAGGAGAUCAUUCGGUUAUUGAAGCUGCGCCGCAUCCGCUUGGUAUGGCUGGGGAUGCCUGGCAAUACCUUCAGUGCUGCGCGAUGCCAUGAUGGAGUCGGCCCGGGACCGCUGAGAAGUACGGAGUAUCCUAUGGGAAUGCCGGAGAUGGGAAACAGGGACCGAAAGUCUCUCAUCCUCAGUAACAAGCUUCUCUUCUUUACCUGCCGUAUCAUGUGGUUCUGCAGCUUUCUGAAUAUUCCUUUUGUGCUUGAGCAUCCGUGGUCCUCCAUAGUGUGGGCCACUCCUCUGCUGAAGGCUGGGCUUCCGGAGGUGCCCACACCGAUUGCGGAGGUGGACAUCGCGUGCCACACAGGAGGCCCGCGAAUCCUCGAGGAGGUGGCCCAGGAGGCCAUGGUUUGGUGCGAUGCGGUUCUCGGAGAGCUCAGUGCACCUUUGCUUGGGCGAUAUGCCCGUGUUGCGGGAAUACGGUGCUCGGGGCACCCGUUUUGGUGCUAUGCCUGUGACGACGAUGCUGGGAAUGGACGAGCUGAUGACCGCACGCUCGUUGAUCGCAAGCUGACGCCGAUUCUCACGACGAUCCUCGGCCUCUGGGGCGAUGCCGAGGCUCUCAUCUUCUGGUUUUUGGCCCCGCCAGUGGAGGAGGGGGCAGUGCGGCAGCGCUCCCUGCGAGGAUGCUACGUUCUUGGCAGAGAACCAACCAACAACGCGCGAGACGCAGACGCCGCGGAUGCCCGGCGCUGGGGGAAGCGCGGCUUUGCCUGGGCUUUCGAGUGCACGGAGGCUUUUAAGGACCGGGAUGCCCUAGAAGUCUGCGCUGCUGUGAAUGCAGUGGUGGAGCCCUCGCGAAGUGCCGUCCCGCCACCCUGUGAAAGUAAAGUGGAGGCCGUCGGCUCGCCUUGCACUUGUGUCUGCAAGUGUGCACCAGAAGGAUCUCAGUGGAACUUCGUUCUUCUAGGAGUGGGGCAAGGGAGUUUACGGCGCACCUGGAAGGAACCUUCAGCUGACUUUGUGAUCAUGAACCCAGGAGACAUUGCCUUAGUGAAUUACGGCGAGAGGCCUACCUUAUGGCACAUGCGGGUUCUUCUGGCACCUACACAGGGCUCGAGCUGGAUCAUUCUCACGCCGGAUCACGAUUUGUAUGAAGAAGAGAUGAGCAUCAGCAAUCCAGAUUUUGUCGGUUUCCACAUGUGUGGUGCAGAUGGCGUCAUUCCACCUCGCAUUAACCCCCGGAACGUCUACAGCUUUGCUCCACUGACUCCUCAGGAUCUUCGCAACUACUUCAACCAGGGACAGGCUGAAGCAGCAAGGAUACUUGGAGCAGCAGGGGUUCCGGCGGUUGUCGGUGGUCCAGCCCUUCCUGUGCCCUUGAAUCCGGACGGCGGUGCACCCGUUGCGGUUGCACCGGCUGGGUCUGACAAGGACACGUGGAUCGCAGUAGAAGACGGCAUCAUGUACAAGCGUGGCGAUGUGGUUGCGAUGGAUCCCAACCCGUUGCCAAAUGGCCACGUGUUGAUGGGAGACAAAGGGAUGAUACCCGAAGGCGGAAGUGUGCUGUUCGUCCGCAAAGUGGCCGCGGCAGAAGUGUCCAAGCAUCGGUUGACGGACAUCAGACUUCUGCCCAUCUCCUUCGAUGCUCAGGGGGUGAGGCGCAAGGAGUUCUCAACUGCGGUGAGUCUCAUGGACGAUGACCCUCCACAAGGUGGUGGGCUCCAGUUGUCAGGCCCAAGUUCGGCUCUGAAGCUCCUUAAAGACAUGCGCGAUCAGCAGUUCACGCCCAGUACUUUCCACGAGCAUUGGCUAAGAACCUCGGAGAUCCCUCGUGGAGACAGAUCUACAUAUGAGCAUGAAUGCUUAUCACGAAUCAUGGAUGCAAUGAUCAUGGUAGACCAAUUGAAUGUGCCAGCAUUGCAGUCGGCCGAGCUCAUAUUCAGACGAUUGCAGGUGAUUCGUCAGGCCCAUCGAGCUUCUCCUAGCAAUCCAGACUACAGCAGCGCUGACCAUUACAUGGGUUGGAAGUACAAGAAGACGGCAGCGGGUGUCGACAGCGACCUUUCUGCCUAUGUGGCUGGAGAGCUCAAGAAUGAGGCGGCGAUCCUCAAGGAGGCCCGCAAGGCGAAGGAGGAGCAAGAAGCACGCCGCCGCGGCAAGGCCAAAGCAAAGGCCCAGGCCGAUGGCGGAGACUCACAUGACUUGGCUGCUCGCAACCGCGAGCUCUUUCCUUUGCCACUUUGCGAGGAGGUCAUGAAUGAGAUGUAUGCUCCUAGCCGAGAUGGUGACUUUUGUGGCUCAAGCUGUACGGCUUCUCAGAGGGCGGCGCAGCAUGAGAUUUUCAAGGCAGUGGCCAGAAGUUCCUUGCCGAGUACAUUUUUGUCAGAGCGUGGGGCUGUUCAAGAGCUCCUGCAGACCAGCCUCGCCUACGAUGGCAACGAGGCCUCGACGACGGUUCGUCCUUACGAGAGGGGCCUAGUCAGCAUACCAUCCUGUGGUCAUCAGGCUGUGGGACUCAGUGACGUGCUUGACGAUAGCGGCCGAGACAUCGUAGAGGACCCUUCCAGAUGUAUGCUUUUGAAUUCAGAUGAGUGGGGAGAGAAAAUCGAGAGCCAUGAGGGGUUCAGUCCAUAUAUGGAUGAAGUUCUGAAGAAGGAUCCUGCUCAAUACAGCGUCUUUGUAAAGGACCUCGCAGACGCUGGCAUGAUUUCCUUCACGUCAGAGCCCAAAGAUUUGGUCACGCCAUUCUUCGUCAUAAAGAAAAACAAGCGCAUCGUGGAGCCAGCUAUCCAUUCAGAAGGGGGUGGGGGCUUCGGGGAGACCAAUGGGAUGGAACUGAUCGUGGAGGCUGGGUGUAUCCCGUUCUUCGAGUGUCUCAGCAUCGACAGGGUCUUGGUAGACAACAAACCAGCCCCAGACCUUAGCAGUGGUGAGCCAGUUUUGCUGCCCUAUGCGGACAACCUUAACGUUGCCGGCACUGAUGCUCGCAAGGUUCAGAUCGCCAAAGACGGUGCCGUCUCCAGGCUUCGUCGAUUGGGGUUUUUGGUACACGAAGAGAUUGAUGCGGUUGAUACGGUUGAUUCUCUGGGUUUUCGCAUUGACGGCAAGCGGGGCCUGGUCACACCCAUUCCGGAAAGGCUCCAUCGAGUGGUGGUGUGCUUCCAGUGGCUUUCUCGGAGGCCGCGUGUGAGCGCUAAGGCUGUUCAGAAACUUUUGGGACACGCGGUGCAUUUCAUGAUGGUCCGUAGAGAGUUGCUCAGCACGAUGCGCGGGCUCUAUGACUUUGUGCAGCGCGUUGGUGAGGGCAAACAUCGGUUGUGGUCAAAUGCUGCACGAGAAGCCAGGUGGAUCUCCAACCUGCUGAGGGUGUGCUCAACUGAUUUGACGCGCCCUUGGUCGGAAAGAGUCAGCGCUUCGGAUGCUUCGCUUUCAGGCAUAGCCGUUUGUCUUCGAAGUGCAUCGCUUUCCCAAGUAUCAAGCAUUGGCAAAACUCGCGAAAACUGGAGGUUCAAAGGAGUCUCACCCGAGAGCAGGCCGCGCAUGGUGUUACAACAACCUGGGGACCCAUUCGAGGACCCUUCCACGGUUAAGCCCCAAGGAACAUACAGCUUGGAUCCAUUCGAGCUCAGCGAGAACUUCUACGAAUUACCCCAAAGCUUUAUGGCACCUGAAGAAUGGCACCUUGCAUUCAGCCAACACAUGCAGUUUGAUGAGCACAUCACCUUGUUAGAAGGGCGUGGCAUUGUUGCUGCUAUUCGUCAUAAAGCAAGAUGCUUAGAAGCAUUUGGCAAGAGACACUUGCACAUCAAUGACAACCUUGGCAUGGUGUUGGCAGUAGACAAGGGGCGUAGUUCAUCUAUGAGCAUCUUGAAGGUCUGCAGGCGUCUAGCCUGCCUUGUCAUUGCGCUUGGUGCAUCGUUGACCUGCAGAUGGGUGCCUAGUGAGUGGAACGUUGCAGACGCGGGCUCACGAAAGUGGGAGCAUCUGCGUGUGCAGCAUGCUGCUGGGGAUCUCAAAGGGACUCCGACGAGUCGCAAACGAUCCCAAGCUGCCAUCCGAAUAUCACUGGAUGGCCCCACCAAGGAGGUGAAGGCCGAGAAGCGAAGGAAAUAUUUGGAUCAGCAUGUGAUGGAGCCUCGUUUUCAGGGUCAGACUCCUCUGGAACGUGCAGCCAUCACAAUGGAGGUGGCCAAGGAUUAUGCUCAAAGGAUGCGGCAAUUCAGGGCCUUUGCGAAGCAGAACAGUUUGAGUCUUCACAAGACGAAAUUAGAUGGCACCUUUUGCGAGUAUCUCAAUCAUUUGUUCGAAGAAGGUUGCGAUUUGGGAGAAGGCACCAAGUCGCUGGCCGCAGUCGUGGAUGCAUUCCCUUCCUUUUCCCAGAAAUCGAGCCUACCGAGGUCGAGACGUGCUCUACAAGGGUGGCACAAGCUGGAUCCAGGUCGGACGCGUCCACCUCUACCAUGGCCUUUAGUGGCAUACCUCAUUUUGACUCUGUUGAAAGCGAAACAGAUAAGAUCUGCGGUGGCAGUAAUGCUCAUGUUCGUGGCAUACCUACGUCCGGGAGAAGCGCUGAGCGCGAGAAACGAAGAUCUCGUGGUGCCUUCGGUUGUUCAUCCGCACUACACGCUCAACCUCCAUCCCGAGGAGCGGAUGGAAACUUCCAAGAUGUGUUUGUCCAACGAAUCCGUGAUGUUGGACAGUCCUACGGUGCCAUUCCUGGGCAAAAUGUUGGAACGAUUGCGUGGCAGCCAAGCGGGGGAUCUCCUGCUCGGUGUGGAUUAUCAUCAACUCCGCAAUCACUGGCAGGAAGCUCUGGUGAGUAUCAAGCUCGCCAGAAAUCACGCAGUCCUUUACCAGCUACGGCACUCAGGUGCCACCGACAAAUGGGUCAUCGAGCUCUUCAGUGGCACAGCUCAUCUUGCACAAGCUUUCGCUGAGCAGGGUUUCAAUGUCAUUGCCUAUGACAUUGACUAUGGAUCGGCCUGCGACCUACUUGACAGUAAAGUGGAGGCUUCAGUGCGCAGUUUCAUCAGCCGUCAUAACGUUGUUCUGGUCUGGUUUGGCAUGCCAUGUCAAAGCUGGAGCAGAGCUCGCCAAUGGGAUGGAGGUCCCCCUCCGCUCAGGGAUGAUGACUUGUUCCUGUACGGGCGGACUCCUCUCUCUUCAAGCGAUCAGUGCAAGGUGGAGCUGGGGAACCAACUGCUCCGCUUUACAUGCCAUCUUGCCCUCUUGCUCUCUAAACAAGGCACGCCGUGGGUAAUUGAAAACCCUUGGACAUCUAGAUGUUGGCUCACAAAGGAGAUGAAAGUGCUCAUGCAGUCUGGCGCUGAGCUGCGGCAGGUAGAUUACUGCCAAUACCGGGUGCCGUGGCGCAGGAGCACGGGUCUUCUCAGCCACAAUUGUGAUCUACCUCUUCUGCGCUGCUGUUCAGCAUCGCAUGGCCGCUGCAGCGCUACAGGACGGCGGCACAUUCACAUUGCGGGCAAAGACGGCACGGGUGUCUGGUGGGCCUCCCGCGCGCAGCCUUACCCUACUAUGCUGUGCAGGGAGAUAGCAAUUUCCAUGGCCAGUUCUCACAAGGAUGUGGGAUGA